AUGGAUUUCCCUUUUCAAUCGUUUCUUUUCAUUAAACAUGAAGAAGCAGCAAUUCAGGGCGUUGCAGACAUCUAUUCAUUGAUCAACUGCGCGGCCACUUCUUCACUACGUGAAUCCCAGCUUUUUAAUGAGUUCUUUCUUGAGAAUCGACAAUUUCUUGCUAAUUACGAAUUCCGGAGUACCUGCUUCACGUUGUACCUUCGAGAUGUUGGUAUCACUUUGAUGUCGUUGCAGAGAUUAUUUCUCACAUGCCCAGCGUCCUUCUUUGUAAUUAUUCACUGGUGUAGCGGACUUCUGUUAGCGUCUCCUUUAUUCCAAGUGUCGGAGGACGUCAAGUAUCUAAUGACAACCAAAGUGGAAAUUUCAAUUUCGCCAACACUGCUAGCGCUUGUGAAUGUGAUCCUACUCUCAUCAUGUACCACAUUCUUCGCCAUCUGCGUCAUCUGCUAUGCUCUUAUUUUCAUUCACAUUCUACAUAACAAACUUCACAAAAAUCAAUCCAGGAGUGGUGAAUUGCGCCUUUGCGGUCAGGUAGCUGGACUUGUGGUCGGUUUCUUGGUCCAGUUUGUGUAUAAUGGUGGUGUGUAUGUCCUCAAUAAUCUUGGACAGGCAACGAUUCUUCGCAGCUGGAGGACAAUGGGACCUCUUCGUGUACUGUUUUCUUUCCUGUGUGCACCCGUGGACAUGUUUAGCAUUCAAUCUGGAAAUAAGAGAAGGAGUUCUCAAUAUUCUUCGUCUCAGAAGCAUGAAACGAACGACCAGACAUACUGA